AUGGAGGCGAGUUCGGGGCCUCGCCGGAGUUCCACCCAGGAGCCAGAUGGCCCAGGCGACGGGGAGGACCUCAUCAGCGCCCUCCCCGACGACGUGCUCCUCCUUGUCCUCGCCCGCCUCCCCUGCGCCGCCGACGCCGCCCGCACGGGAGUCCUCUCCCGCCGGUGGCUCGGCCUCUGGGCCAGCCUCCGCCAGAUCGUCUUCCGCGGCGUGGCCCUCCCCUCGCUCGAGGAGGCGCUCGGCCGCGUCACUCCGCCUGCGGUUUCCCUCCUCAAGAUCCGCGUCCCCAUCAAGCAGCAGCGUGGACCCGUCCCCACGGAGCACCAGACAGACAGCGCCGGCGUCCCCAUCAACUCGCUGCUCCGCGCCGCCGCGCGGCUCGAGCCGGAGAAGCUCGACUUCCGCCUCCCCGCCGGCUUAAUCGACCGUUCCCUCGCUGUCGAUCUGCCUUGCUUCCACCGCGCCACCUCUAUCGCGCUGGACCUUUCCCCCAUCACCCUGGCCCUGCCGGCCGGCGCCGAUUUCCCCGCACUCGAGACGCUGUCCCUGGCGCGUUGCAGUACCGACCUCGACGCCUUGCUCUCCUGCUGCCCGCGCUUGCGCACGCUCCACCUCAGCACGGCCCGCGACAUUAGGGUCAACUCGCCGUCGCUCCAGGAGCUUGUCGUCUGCUGUGAGACCAGUGUGACACGACAUGUCGACAUCGUUGCUCCUGCUCUUAAGCAGUUGGCCAUCUCAUUGACGGCGGUGGACCUCAGCAUCUCCGUCUUGGCACCAAUGGUGGAGAAGGUCUCGUGGCACUGCCUAUACUUGGGACCGCGUAUUGUGUUUGGUGUUUGGAGCCUCAACAAGGUGCAGCUACAGUCGGCGGAGAUACAAGGAGAGCCAUCGUCGCUGUGCAUUUAUGCCUGUGCGUACUCUGGCUUCUUUCGCGCUCAGGCGAGCCACUUUAAGCAGGAGAUUGAGAAACAUAUGGUUGCUGCUUUCUCUGGUUUAGAGCUUCAUCUCACAUCGACGGGGCAUGCUUUUGGAGCAUUAGUGUUUCAUCUUCUUGGAGUGAAUCGAAUCCGUACUGCUACGCGGAGGCUUAAGGUCGUCCUACAGAGAUCAGUGUUGAAAGAAGUAUGCCCGCCAUACUGUCCUUGUGAGUCGAACUAG